GUCCCUCGGGAUGCGCGGGCGGCCGGGGCGACGACGGGCGCGUCCAGCUGAGGACCGGGAGCAGCAGCCGCAGCGCCCCGGACUGGCUGAGCCGUCGGGAAGCGGCGGGGGCGCCGCGAUGCUGCCCUGGAAGAGGCACAAAUUCGAGCUGCUGGCCGCGGAUGAGGAGUGUCAGCAACAGCCGCAACAGCCGCAGCAGCAGCAGCAGCCGCAGCAGCAGGGCCGGCGGCGGGAGCGGCAGCAGCAAGCGGGCCCGCGCGGCGCUUCUCCGCCGUCGGGGAAGGCCAAGGACUACUGCCAGGCGGGCGCCGGGAGCCUGCCCUGCUCCGCCGCCCUGGGCUCGCUGGCCCGCGCCUGCCCGGCCGAGAGCGCCCUCUCCAGGAUGGGCAGCCUGUUCCGCUCCAAGCGCAAGAAGUUCCGCGUGAGUAGCGAGGCGCCCACCUACACGGCGCUCUACCUGGGCAACGCCACCACGCUGCAGGCCAAGGGCGACGGCUGCACCGACGUGGCGGUGGCCAAGAUCUGGGCCAAGAGCGAGGCCGGCCGCCACGGCACCAAGAUGAAGCUGACCAUCGGGCCGCAGGGCAUCCGCCUGGCGCCCGCGGUGCCGGCGGAGGCCGCCUCCCGUCCGGGCCACCUCUACCUCCUGCACCGCGUCACCUACUGCGUGGCGGACCCGCGCCUGCCGCGUCUCUUCGCCUGGAUCUACCGCCACGAGGUGAAGCACAAGGCGGUGCUGCUCCGCUGCCACGCCGUGCUGGUCUCCAAGGCGGAGAAGGCCCGCGCCAUGGCGCUGCUGCUGUACCAGACAUCGGCGGCGGCGCUGGCCGAGUUCCGCCGCCUCAAGAAGCGCGCCGACGCGCGGCACCAGCAGCUGCAGCAGGUGGGCCCCGGGGCCGACGGCGCCAUCCCGCUGGUGCCGCUCCGCAAGCUGCUCCUGCACGGGCCGGGUGGCUGCUACAAGCCGCCCGUCGAGCGAAGCCGCAGCGCGCCCAAACUGGGCUCCAUCACCGAGGACUCGCUGGGCGAGGAACUGGAGGAGCGCGCCGCCGGGCCGGGCUGUGCCAACGGCGGCCAGGGGGAGGACUGCGACGGCGGCCAGGGGGAGGACGACGAGCUGCUGGCCCCACUGGAGGGGGAGGAGGAGGAGGACGGGGAGGGCGCGGCGCCCGCGGGGUCCAGCCUGGGGCAGCUCAUCUGCGGACUGGGCGAGCUGGCCAUCGGCAACGACGUGGCGCUUCUCCGCGCCGACCUGCGCGUCACCCGCCUGCUCUCCGGGGAGAGCACCGGCAGCGAGUCUUCCAUCGAGAGCAAUGGACACGAGGGCGGCGGGGGCUCCUCACCCCCGCCGCCCUUGCGGUCCUGCCACAGCCCAGAGGCCGACUGCGGUUGA